AUGUCGUCUGAUCUGUGUUUAGACGAUCUAUCCGAUGUUGAUAUUACAUUAAUGACACUGCGUAAGCCGACGGAAUUGAAAAAAGUGAUUGAUUCCAUACCGAAACCAGUGAGGGCUGUCCCGAAAAAUGGGCUUCCAUUAUGGUACAGAUUGGGCUUGGAGAGUAAAUUGCCAGUACCAAAAAUGCCGGAAGGAAAAAUCGUAUUUUCUCGCGGGAAAAUUGGUGAAGAUGUUCGGCGUCUGGGUCUCGGCAAAGAUGGGCCCCGUCCAUCAUUCGACCUGACAGAUCCGUACUGCAACAACGUAUCGUACGAUUACGUACCCGUACACGACCCGCACUUGGCCCAUCACUUCGCACAGAAGCCAGCGAGGAACAGAAUGAAACAGCUAGGCUAUUGUACGAAGGAUGGGAGAGCGGUCUGCUCACUGAAGGAUUUCAAUCAAUACAGAAAGUAUCUUUACAACCAAUUCAUGGAUAGAAUUCAUAUGGAAAUGAAGAAACUGGAUGAACGCGCACGGGACGAUCUGACUCUGAAGAGAGUGGAGGUGGAUGUAGCUCGAAGACUGCAAGUGUUCACUAAAGCAGAGCGCGCGAGGGAACACCUCGAAAGGGUGGCGCAGGAACAUGCUGACGAAUGGGCAGAGAAAAAACGACUGGCUAAAGAACAAGAAAAGAAGAUACAAGCAAGAAUGAAAUAUCUGGCCGAAUUCAACGAGAAACAGCGAAAAGAACGUGCCGCGCGUGCGCAUGAGAAACAGAAUAGAAUCAAGCAGAGGGUGCAAGCGGCUGCUGAAAUGGAGCUGCGGCGUAAAAUAACCAUGGUCAGGCAGUGGAGAGCGAACGAGAAGAAGCGAUUGAAUAGGCUCAAGCAAGAGAGAGAUGCAAAACAGAAAAGAUUAGAGGAUGAGGCAAAUAGUAAAUGGAAAGCGCGUGUGGAAGCACAAAAUCAAAAGAUACACGAAGAAGCCAUUCUGCUCAAAUUAUACACGGAAGAUAUGAACGCUGGCGCUACCAGAAGAGCCAAGAAAGCGGAAGUGUACGCGUACAACACGGACUUGGAGCUGCAACGAAUAAGGCUCGCUAAUUGGAAACUAAUGCACGGCGGUACAGCUAAAGCCUCUCAGCUCGUGAGGAAAAUGGGAAUCGAGUUUGAAAAGUCGAAACGCGGCGCCAAGGGCAUGAGUCCCGAGCUAGCGCAGGCGCUCGCCGAAGAGGCGAUGGCGGCCGCCGUAUCCACCGAAGGGGACGCGCUCAUGACGUUGGGACAGGCGCGCGCUAAGAUGGACAUCGUUACUGUCUUACCCAGUGCACCUAUCAGGAUACUGGACGAGAUGCUGGAAGGUGCGGUGAUGGAGUUUGCUCGUCGUCGAGUCAACUUGCUCCUUCGAGAUAUCGAAAGGAUGGUCAAGUCGAGAGCCACGGUGGUGUUCUUCCAAAACUUCCGACCUCCUCCUAAGAAGAAGCGGCCAAAAGCCUCCCGCUGGACGGUGCAGAUAGCGACGGAGUUCGCGCGCCAGUUCGCGGCGGCGCACGGCAUCGUGUUCGGUGACGUCACCAGCCGCGCCGCCGACACCUUCACCGACGUUGACAUGAAGAGCGUUAAGGACCGACCGCCGACGCCUGUGCCAUCAAAGACGAAACUCGCGGAAGUGACGUUCUCAGAUCGUGUGGAAGACCUUCCCGAUCCCGUCGCUGUUGGUACUUAUUUGCCAGAAAGGAAGAAGUUAUUGGAGAUGAUUAGUGUUGCUGCUAAGCUGUUGUCUCGCUCGGUGAGCGAGCAGGUCCUCAAGGGAAUGGAUGUCACCAUAGGGAUGGUGACAUUACCGCAUAUGAGACAGCCCAUGGAGUGGGGCGAGGCGGUGGAGAGCCUGUCGGACGCGGUGGUCAACAAUCGCGUGCGCGGCGAGUGCGGCGACGUGCGCCGCGCCGCGCUGUACCUCGCGCGCCGCGUGCUGCGCGCGCUCAGCGCCGACAUGAGGGAGGAGAAGAUGCGCCGCAAAUUCAGUACUUUAUCAGAUACAGAAAAGAAAGAUUUCUAUGUUCCUGAAAACGUACAAGCGGCGUGA